AUGGGCACCCGAUACCUCCUGGCUGUGUUUCUCAUCCUCCUGGUUUUGGGAUUUGAGGUCCAGGGCAUCCCUGUGCCACAGCAAGAUGAGACCACCAGCUCCACGCUGUUCUCCCAGAUGCAGGAAUCACUCCUUGGUUACUGGGAUACAGCCAAAACAACUGCCCAGGACCUGUACGAGAAGACCUACCUGCCCUCCAUGGAUGAGAAAAUCAGGGACAUGUACAGCAAAAGCACUGCAGCUGUGACCACUUACGCAGGGAUUUUUACUGACCAGGUCCUUUCUAUGCUGAAGGGAGAACAGUAA